AUGUCAGAUAUCCUCCGGGAAUUGCUCUGUGUUGCUGAGAAAGCUGCCAACAUUGCCCGGGCAUGCAGGCAGCAGGAAGCUCUCUUUCAGCUGCUGAUAGAAGAAAAGAAAGAGGGAGAAAAGAACAAGAAGUUCACGGUCGAUUUCAAGACCCUGGCUGAUGUACUGGUACAGGAAGUUAUAAAACAGAAUAUGGAGAACAAGUUUCCAGGCUUGGGGAAAAAAAUUUCUGGAGAAGAAUCCAAUGAGUUUACUAAUGAUUUGGGGGAGAAGAUUAUUUUUAGACUGUGUUCAUCAGAAGCAGAAACAGUGGAGCUUCUUAGCAGAGUCCUUAAUGGUAACAAGGUGGCAUCUGAAGCAUUAGCCAAGGUUGUUCAUCAGGAUGUCUCCUGUAUUGAUCCAAGUCUGGAUUUGAUAAGGAUCAAUAUUCCACAGAACAUUUUAGGAAUAUGGGUGGAUCCCAUAGAUUCAACUUAUCAGUAUAUAAAAGGCUCUGCUGACAUCAAACCCAACCAAGGAAUUUUCCCUUGUGGACUUCAGUGUGUCACUAUUUUAAUUGGUGUCUACGACAUACAGACAGGGAUGCCUGUGAUGGGAGUCAUUAAUCAACCUUUUGUGUCACAAGACCCAACCACUCUCAGGUGGAAAGGACAGUACUACUGGGGCCUUUCUUACAUGGAGACUAAUAUCCAUUCGCUUCAGCUCCCCAUUCCUAAAGGAAAUGGCAGUGAAACGCUGAGCCAACGGAAUGAAGACACCAACGCUGAAGCAGAAUCCCACGGUUUCUCAGCUGUCAUCAGUACAAGCGAAAAGGAGACUAUCAAAGCCGCACUGUUACGUGUAUGUGGAGACGGCGUAUUUCGGGCAGCUGGAGCUGGUUACAAAAGCCUUUGUGUUGUGCAAGGCCUUGUUGACAUUUACAUCUUUUCAGAAGAUACCACAUUCAAGUGGGACUCCUGUGCUGCUCAUGCCAUACUGAGGGCUAUGGGUGGGGGAAUGGUGGAUCUAAAGGAAUGCUUAGAAAGAAAUCCGGCAAAGGGCCUUGAUUUGCCACAGUUGGUAUACCAUGUGGCGAACGAAGGUGCUUCUGGAGUCGAUCAGUGGGCCAACAAGGGAGGACUGAUUGCAUACAGAUCGAGGAAACAGCUGGAGAUGUUCCUGAGCCUUCUCACCCAAAACCUUGGACCUGCAGAUACAAAUACAUAA